ACCUUGACGAUCCUUCGCACCGUGCAGUGUGCGGUUGCGCGCCUGUCUGAACCUUGUAUUUGUCGGCCUAGAUGUGAGAGGAGCGGCCGCCCUUCCUUCGGUAGGAAACUGACGUAAAGAAACCAGAGCAGGCAGAUCCCAGCGUUAAUUAAGAGCUUUAAUAGCAACAUUUUUACUGGAAGUCCGCGUCUUCUCUGGCUCCUGUCACACUCGGUUAUCUGCGUUUGGUUGUCGGCAGCUCCGACGGGGAAACUCAGCCACCGAGAGGCUCUGACGAGAGGAAAAUAAGGGCAGUGUAGCUGGUUUGGCAUGGCUGAUCUGCUGAGGCUGCUGCUCCGGGUGGCUGAGAAAGCUGCUAACGUGGCCCGAGUCUGCAGGCAGGAGGCUCCCCUCUUUCAGCUCCUCGUGCAGGAGAAGACCGGAGACGACAAGAACAAGAAGUUUGUCCAGGACUUCAAGACUCUCGCCGAUGUGGUGAUUCAGGAGAUGAUCCGGCACGAUGUUGGCUCUCAGUUCCCAGAGAUGGCGGCCUUCAUUCACGGAGAAGAGUCUAACAAGUUUGAAAACGGGCUCGGAGAAAGUGUGACGGUCACAGUUUGCCGUACAGAGGAGGAAACAGCCGCGUUGCUGUCCACGGUGCUUGACGGCGACCACACAGCGGCAUCUCUGCUGGCGCGAGCCAUUCACCAAGACCCGGCGACCAUCGACACCAGCACCGACGGCCUGACAGUUCCGCUCAGCCCCUCUGAGCUCGGCAUCUGGAUCGACCCCAUAGAUGCCACCAGCCAGUACAUAGAGGGCCGAGAGGAGGUGCUGGAGGAAGGCCGCCUGUCUCCUUCAGGUCUGCACUGUGCGUUGGUUCUGAUCGGGGUUUACCUCCGGAGCACCGGCGAGCCCGUCAUGGGCGUCAUCAACCAGCCGUUUAACCACAAAGAUCCAGCAGGAGGAGGGUGGAGGGGAAAGCAUUUCUGGGGCGUGUCCUGCGGCAGCAUCAAUGUCUGCUCAGUGUCCAGGCCAAAAGACGGACCUGAGUCAGGGGGCCGAGGGCCAUCUGUGGUGCUGAGCUCCAGCGAGAAGCAGGUGGUAAAGGAAGCCCUGACCUCACUGUGCGGCUCUGACAAGAUGGUCUACGCCUCUGGAGCCGGCUACAAGAUCCUGUGUGUCAUUCAGGGCCUGGCCGACGCUUACGUUCUCUCAGAGGGAAGCACCUUUAAGUGGGACUCCUGUGCUCCUCACGCUCUGCUCCGAGCCCUCGGAGGGGGAGUCGUGGACUUGAGUAAGACUCUGCAGUCCAACCUUGGGCCACAGGACCACAAGACGGAACUGACCUAUCACCAGCCUUACACUGAGUGCAAAGGAGCAGACCGCUGGGCGAAUCACGGCGGCCUGGUGGCUUAUCGAGACUGUUCUCAGCUCUGCAAUGUCAUCGGGUGUCUGAAAGGCAAGCUGUAGGUGAAAGAACAGUAGAUUUAGUCAGCACAAGCUGAAGCAUUUAUUGUUGCGUAUAUUAUCGUUUUCAUAUUUUCUAUAUUAGUUGAGAAAGAAGAGUGGAAGUAGAAGAUGAAAUAUUUUAAUCAUAAUUGCUAUCGUCUUAUUUUUAACCAUAUGCAAGUGUACAUAUUGCAAAGUAAACAUUAGGUCUGGGCUGAAUAACAUUUGCAAAUACUGUUUGAUCUGUAGCUGGAGCUGGAGUGGUUACAGAGGCUGUGCAUGACCAAGGGAAAAUGUAGAGCUACAUAAAACUUGAAUUAAUCUGACUUAUUUGAGAACAAUAAACAAAAGAAGACUGCUGUGAAUCUUAAGCUAUCGAGAUCCAGGUUUACAGUAUUUAUUCCAAAAGCAAACUAACAUGGAAGGUACAAGAUUGUUCCUUUUUUGAUUUUUUAAGAAGAUCGUGUUUCUCUUUAGUUCUUUGUCAUUAUAACCAUAAUUUAAAAAACUGUGCAAAAUACAAGUGCCAGUUCCUGAUAGUGUCAUUGGUUAAUAAAAUUCAGUGAAUUUAUGCAAUUUGGAUGUGGGACGUGACGGCAUAUACCACAGGGGAACCUUUGCCCUGAAUAGUGGAUCCCUGGUUCAUAUCUUAUCUUGGGAUCACAUGCUGCAUCUCCGUCCGACCCAAAGCAUUGAUCAGAUUGAUGAACCUCCCACAUAAGACGGUGCAGUUAUCUGCAAUUUAAAUGUGACAAUCCAGCCUCCUCCGAGCAGGUGAAACAAACCAAACAUUAUUUGUGAAUGUUAUUUAUCGCAGACCUGUGAACCAUUUAUUAUGUGUUGCUGAGAUUUGUAACAGUUUCCCUCCAUGUUGCAUACAGAGAGUUUAUCACAGUCUAUAGGAGCUAGAGUGCUCACUGCUGGACAGCUGAGGAACACUUCACUGCUAGACGAGAGGUAACGUGGCAGCACAAGAGUGCUUCUGACUGAUCCACAAGAUUGUUUUAAAGGAGUCUAGAUUGUAAUUUGCAAUUUUUCCACCUUAUAAAAGGCUGUAAUAAGUGAAGUGAGUGAAUCACACUCAGAGCAGUGUGCAAGAAUCUGCACCUCUCUGAAACAACUCCUUGUAAGGAGCAGAGGGAUACACGUGCCCUGCCCUCUUUUCAUGGCCAUAGUUAGUUAAAGGUCAGAGAGUGGAAAAGCCAUAUGAGGUAAAACAGUGACACAGAGAGUCCUUUUACUGUGGGUUUACAGUGAAAUGAAAUAUUAAGCCAGUUUGAAGGAUGGGACCUCUGCGGGCUCUCAGGCUGCUCAUUGAGAUGUUUGCAGUGUGGACCUGUGUAACCUUACUCUAAUGUGUAUGUUUACACUGUACAUGUUUAAAAUGCUAUAACUUUGAUAUGCAUUGUAAUGAAGAAGUCAUUUAUGUAUAAUGGGUAGAAAACAGAACAAACAUUGUGCAUAUAGGAAAUCAUCUUUAUUUUGAAAACCAGAGAAAGCAGGGGAAAGAAACCAAACAGUGACAUUUUAUAACUGUUUGCCAGCCAGGGAACUCGCCUCCUAAUUCCCUACAAAAAACCCUGAUGAUUGUCAGAUAUUUUUUGCAAUACUUCUGCAUAUUCUGUUAAAAACUUGAAACAA